AGUAAAUUGAACAAAAACACACAUCUUGUAACAAAGGAGAAUAAAAACCCUGCAUUUAUUCUUCUACAAGUUUUUCAUACUAUAGCAUACAAAGUAGAACUAAACUUGAGAUCAAAGCAAUCACAAUUUUUUAUUCUCAUAUUCCUGUAUACAACCAACCCAAUUCUGAUUGUUAAUUAAUAGUAGCAUUCUCUAUUUAGAUUUUUAGGUACCUCUCUUCUCUUUUUCUUGUUAAGUGCAAUAUAUACUCAUGCACCAAAAAAGUGAGGAAGAGAAUUUAAUUCCUUCCCACACAUCAACAAGUAGUUGCAUGAGGGGGCAUUAAUCUUUAUUGAAGAGACAAGUUUUCCUUUUCUUAAUUAAUUAUUGUAACUACUUUAAAAAUUCGUCUCUUAACUCAACCGUUCUCUCUGUCUCUUUUAGUUUGUUUUCCAUUUUUUGUUUUGUAUAGCAAAAGAAGAGGAAACAUAGAAAAGAAGAGAUAUAUAUAUCUAUAAAUGGAAUGAGUGAAGAAAUGACUCUAUGCAGUGACAUUCAAAACAAUGAUCAUAGUGUAACACUGGAGGGACGAACGGAUAGCUUAAUUAGAACAUGUCUCACAUGUGGUCAUCAUAUCAAAUGCCAAGAUCAGGGUGGUGGAAUUAAUGACUUACCUGGAUUGCCUGCUGGAGUGAAGUUUGAUCCAACAGAUCAAGAGAUACUUGAACAUUUGGAAGCGAAGGUGCGGUCUGAUAUUCAUAAGCUUCAUCCUCUAAUUGAUGAGUUCAUACCUACUCUUGAAGGAGAGAAUGGAAUUUGCUAUACUCAUCCAGAAAAAUUGCCAGGAGUUAGCAAAGAUGGUCUGAUCCGUCAUUUCUUUCACCGACCUUCGAAAGCAUACACAACAGGAACAAGAAAAAGAAGAAAAGUACAUUCAGAUGAAGAUGGUAGCGAAACACGUUGGCACAAAACAGGUAAAACAAGACCAGUCUACAACAAUUCCAAGUUAAAAGGCUACAAAAAGAUCCUCGUACUUUACACUAACUAUGGAAAACUAAGAAAGCCAGAGAAAACAAAUUGGGUGAUGCAUCAAUACCAUCUUGGUAGUAAUGAAGAAGAGAAAGAAGGAGAGUUAGUUGUUUCCAAAGUUUUCUAUCAAACACAACCAAGACAAUGUGGUGGUGGUUCAUUGAUUAAAGACUCUGUUUCUGAAAAAACUAUCAAGGGUCAAAAUGGGAAUCAAGUGGUAAUUAAUGGUAAAAAUAGUACUAAUGGAUUUCUUGACUACUAUCGUUCAAAUUUCAUUUCUUUUGAUCAAGGAAAUCAACAUAGAGAUACUAAUGCUCAAGUGAUUAAUCAUUUUCCUGUUCUUGAAGGUGCUCCUAAUUUCAAUAUUCCUUGAUUCAAGUGGUGGACAGGCUAGAAAAUUAAAUUGAAGGAGACGAACAAAAUACUAUAUAUUAAUAUUGAGGCAUUACAUUAUAUUAUUAUAUAUAAUGCACACAUAAUUAAAUUAAGUUAAUAAACUAUACUAUAUAUAUACUUUAGUUAUGGGCUAAGAAUAAGGAGAGAAAUUGCUUCAUUUGAAAACUAUACUCUGAUAAGAUGUUUUUGUCAAGAGAGAAUUUGGUGAAAUAUGAAGAGAAACAAUUUUUAUAUGUAACACUAUUCUUUUCUAAAUUAUUUGUUUAAUUAGUUUCAA